UGGAGGGUAGGGUAUUAGAGCUCUUGGUGGUGGAGUCGAAAGAUUAUCGAAGGUGGGCCGGUUGGUGGGAGAUCGACGAAAGAAUCGUAUUGCAUCGCGUGGAAUCGAGGGAAGGAAGAAGGAACAAGGAGGAAAAGGAGACAUAACACACGAGACAGGAUCGGCGCUACUUGGAGGAACAUCUUUCAUUCUCCUUAUGUUCAUCGCCACGAGGCUCUGAGAGGAAAAAGAAGAAGAAGAAGAAAAAGAAGAAGAAAAAGAAGAAGAAAAAGAAUAAAAAAAAAAAAAAGAAUAAAAAAAAGAAGAAAAAAAGAAAAAAAAAGAAAAAAGAAGAAAAAAAGGAGAAAAAAAAGAAGAAGAAGAAGAGGAAGAAGAAGGAGAAGGAGAAGAAGAAGGAGAAGAAGAAGAAGAAGAAAAAGAAGAAGAAGAGGAUCUUUCUUUUAGGCGGAAUCAAUCCGCCCCGAAAUUUCGGUUCCGUCCCGAAAUCUAGUCGGUACAAUCGAAGAAAACUCGAUAACAAUAUGGAGAGCAAAUUAGUGACAAUAUUGUGCUUUCUUUUGGCGUGUCAGAGUAUGGCGCUGCCUACAAGCGAGAAGACAACCGGAAGUGAGAAUGAUCUAAUGGCGACGAUAUACAAUGACUGUCUUAAGAAAGAAUCAAUAAGUUGCAUAAAGUACAAGGUCUUCGCUUACGUCGACAAGAUGCUGGCUGAUAAGGAGGAUAUCAUGUUAUCGGAGGGCAUCACGGUCGUAAAGACGUCCAACGCGGAAGAAGGAGCACCGAGAUCGAUCGAAUCGACGGAUCUGGAUACUCUCCUGUUCGACAGACUCGGUAGGUUCUUGAGGACACAUUCGGUCAAGGUUGACCUAAAGGGUAGCGAUAUUUUGGGCAUCAUGGAGUCUACUGGUCGAAGUCUCGAAGAUUACAGUGACAAUGCUGUGGAGGGUCGCGGUAAAAAAAAGAAAGCGCAGAAAAUCCUUGGGCCAAUUCUCAUGGCAAUGGCUUUCAAAGCUGCGGCUCUGUUGCCUCUUGCACUCGGUGCAAUAGCUUUGAUCGCAGGUAAAGCUCUUCUAGUCGGUAAAAUCGCUCUUGUGAUCUCUGCUAUAAUCGGUCUGAAGAAGCUGCUGAGCUCGCAACAGAAACACGUGACGUACGAAGUAGUAGCGCAUCCCCAUCAUAGCAACAGCCACAUCGUCAGUCACGAUGAUGGUGGACAUGGUGGAUACGGUGGUGGUGGUGGAGCCGUUGACUAUGGUGGUUACUCGGGUAGCAGUGGACAUGGAUGGGCUAGGAGUCUUCCACAAGACGCUCAUGAAAUGGCUUAUCGUGCUCACCAACCUCAACCACAUGCUUGAAUCUCUUCGGAGAAAAUUUCUUUCCUUUUUUCUUUCCUAUCAUUUCUUUAUUUUUAUAUGACUUUUUCAGGGAUUCGAUUUUUGCCACAAAUAUUUGCCAUUCCUUUAAUUAUCCUUCUUGAUCUCGAUCUCUUUUAUUUAAUAAUUUCUUUACUCUCUCCCUUUCCUAUACUGUCUGUUCUUAUUUUUCUCCUAUCUUAUUCUCACUUUCCUUCUUUCUUUACUUAACUUCUUUUAUUUAGCUUUCCUAAACUUUUCAUAGAUCGAUUUCGCAACGUGUUACUCUUGAUAUACCUCGAAAACGGAAUGACCAUUUCCGUUAAAACCAGGAUCUUAAGAAAAACACGAGAAAGCAUUUCCUUUUUUUUCUCCUACAAUAUCUUUUUCUUUCUCAUAUCUUAAAUCAUUUUGCGUACCGUUCGCUACGGCGAUCGGUGACCAGUAUCGUCAUGAAAUACUCAUUACAUGUAAUAUGUAUAACGUUAGCCGAAGAUCGUUAUUUAUUAUUAUACGUUACUUAUAUUAUUAAUAUCGAAAAAAAUAUUUAUUUAUUAAUACAAUUGUUCGAG